AUGGCAUGGAAUGAUACACAACAAUUUAUACGGAAAAAGCCUCACAUUAGAGCAAUUGCCAGAAAUCUAUUAUUUCUUGUAAGAACCAGCAUUGCAGUCAUCUACGAUUCUAGACAGGUCAAUCUAAGAGCAGAACGAGAAGGAGUUACGGAGUCUGGUGGAUACUACUCGCAGUUGUUGCAAGAAUAUGAUGCAAUUAUACUUUCUGCCUCGUUGACUGAGAAGUUCUCAAUACCUGCAUCUCAUGAACCUGGUGCUAAUCAACCCCUUAAGAUUAUAACAGCUACUAAUCCUAGUUCUCUAAUCCAAUUUCCUCCUCUCACUGAAGAAACUGCUUCUAAAGUAAUAGUAUUUACAGACAGAGAGGCAACUCUGGAACCUGAAACAGCUAAAAAGGGAAUUGAAACUGUGGUUCUGAAUCAGAUAACUUCAAAUGCAAUUCUGGAAUACUGCAAGCGCAGGGGAUUGAACAGUGUUUUACUGGAUUUGAGAGGUAAUUAUGCUGAUCUUGAAAUGCUUCUCAGAGAGGGUAUUGAGCAAAAUCUGAUGCAAAAGGUCAUAGUGGAAGUCUUGCCAGUAUGGCAUGAAGGUGAUGGUGGGAAUACACUUGCCCUACUAAAUGGUUUACAGAACGGAUUAGAAGUGAAGAAAUUACAGCCUAAGAUAUCAAGUCAGAGCAUUGUGCUUGAGGGAUACCUCCGGUAUGGGUGA